UUUUCCACCUACCCUCUGCCCGGGGCCAGGCCUUCUGGCUAUGAUUGGCUGAUUUGUACGAUAGUGGUGAUGGAGAAGGGCGGGAACGAAUCGCCAAGACAAAGAAAGUCAGUCCUUAGGUGGAACAAAAACGGGAGGGCUGGGCCGAGGAUAUAGCUCAGGGGCACAAGCGCCUGCCUGACAAGCGCGAGGUCCCGAGUUCGAUUCUCGGUACCCCCCAACCCCAAAAAAAGGAAAAAAGGAAGGGCGAGCGGCAGGAGCUCCUAGGCUAAAAUCCCUAUACAGUCUUGAUUACGCCCACCGCCGCUCCGGGGAGCAGGAGGGCCGGAAACCCGCCUCAACCCAAGGCUUCCCCAGACCUCUACGGCGGGGGCGGGGUCCAGGGGCGGGGUUAUGUGGAGCAGGAAGGCGGGGGCGGGGUAGCAGAGAGUGGCCCCUGGGUGGGGCUAUGGAGAGGCAGGGAGCUGCCAGCGGCCCUCGGAGGGAAUGCCCUAGAGGGGCAACCAGGGGAGUACCUGGGGGGGUCGGAGGAACAGUAACAGACACCACGCCGCCCUCCGGAGUACUCUUGUUUCAAGGCUCGGGACCCCCCUUGCACUCCGGGGGUACCAUAAUUCACAGUCCUGGUUCAAACCGGGCUUCCCAGGGGGCAGUGACCCUUCCUGGUAGGCCCAGUCAGCACCCUAGGGAGUUUGGAUCCAGCACAUCCCCUGGUGAAUUCAACACUCCUCACCCUGGAACCAGUGUAACCGCAGCGUCCAGUCCUGGGCUUGGGGAUCCUACGGUGAACAGUUCGGGGCUCAGUCUGAGCUCCGAGUCAACUUCCCUCCACCCCUACAACUCCUGUGAGGACCAGCCCCGGAGCAUCUUGAGGAGAGGCAACAUCUUGCAGGAGAAAUCCCCCUGUAUGGAGAAGAAGAAGUCUCAGCACUGGGAUGAGAUGAAUAUCCUGGCCACUCACCAUCCUGCUGAUAAGGACUAUGGUUUUAUGAAGGUGGACGAGCCCGGCACCCCUUACCACAGACCACAAGACAGUGAUGAGGACCUGACUGCGGGGUCUUCCCAUAAGGUGACCCCUGAAGUGCUGGCGGAGAGGUUUGCAACAAUGGACAGUUUCCUCCCCAAGGUCCUCCAGAACAGUGGUAACAGAAGCUCAAGAGCUGCGGACCACUUUUCCAAGACAUACUCCAGUGAUUUUUACAAGAACCGUAAGAGACACUACGACGAAGGAAAAUUCCUCAGGCCUCCAAACAACAUGCUCUUGUGUGAUGACAAGGACAGCCACGGGGGCUGUGCCAGCAUCAGCAGCGGUGGUCAAGGUGUAAUGAUGGCCCAGGUGCCCAGGCCCAUGGAGAGAGGCUGGCCAGGAGCACUGGCUGGAGCUGUCAAAGACACUCCUGAAGCCCUGGGCACACCAGGUAGCCACAGAUGGAUUGCUUUGGAUGAUUCCUCAGAUUGCACUACCUGCAAAAAUCAAUUCUGCCCAGGAAAAAACCCCAUCCUGUUGGAGACGGAGCUUGAUGAGCAACGCAAGGAAUAUUACAACAAAGGAGUAUACCUGAGGUCCUGCUCCCACCCAGAACUUGAAGACUCAGAAGAUGAGCAGCAGAACAGUGCUACCAUGUCCUCCAGUGACAAUAGGUCUCAGGUGGUGUCCAGCUGGUAUCACUGGCUGGAGGCCAAGGAGCCGAGCCGCCCAAACCCAGAGAACUCAGAGAGGGAGCGUGGAAGCAGCCAGAACCCACCAAGCUGGAACAGGCGCACAUAUGAAGCUCACAGCUCCAAUGGACUCAGGAAGAGGAAACCAGACAAUGGAAAACAUAGCCAGCUGGGGUGGGGUAAAGGCAACUUUCCCCUGCCCUUACAACCCUAGGGGUGGACAAUAAAGAUAAGAGCAGGAAUCUGGUUGCUGCGAA